AUGGAUCGAAUGAAUAAUUGUGAACAGAAUCAUAAAUCAGACGAUGAUGAGGAAAAAGCAUCAACAUUCACUUGCAAAAUAUGUACAGAAGAAAAGCUGCCAACAUCAACCAAGAAGUUCAAAAACAAUAAGAUAUGUGUUCACUCAAUCUGCACCGAUUGCAUAGCCAAGUAUAUCAAAGUGAACAUUGAAGAACACAAUCCCGCCAAGAUUAGAUGUCCUUCACUCUUCUGUGGUCAGAUGUUGGAUCCUCUUUCAUGCACUCGAAUCAUUCCCGCUCAAUUGUUCGACAAGUGGUGCGACGUGCUCUGUGACUGGACUCUUCAAGGGUUGGACACAUGUUACUGUCCCUACCGGGAUUGCUCAGCUUUGAUUGUGAAUGCGUGUGGAGGGGGUGUGAGGAGAUCCAAGUGUCCCAGGUGCAAGAGGCUGUUUUGCUUCCGGUGCAAGCAACCAUGGCAUCCAGGCUAUGGAUGUGAAGAUCAUCAGAGUGAUAGUAUUAUUGAAAAGAGGAAUAAUUGGAUGAGAUGUCCCACGUGCAAACAUUGUGUUGAACUUACUGAAGGCUUGAUAAUGACACUUUUGAGGUGUACGCGACAAUGA